AUGUGGAGUUACAUGGCGGCGGCGCUGGGCAUCGCGAGCGACGGCGACGUCGAGCGCGCGAGCUUCCGACUGCGCAGCCGCGGCUGGCUGGACAGAGAGAACGAGCUGUUCCUGUCCGUCCCCAAGAACGCCACAGCGCGCUGCAACGUUAUUUUCUUUCCUGGAGACGUCCAGGACUUCAAGGCCGCCAUGUUGGCUGGACCUUUUGCAGACUACAGUGACUACGCCUAUGAGGCGGUGGCGGAGCUGCUGGGUGACAAGUUUGGCGACACGUGCAAUGUGUGGGUGGUGAGACCCAGCCGCUUCAAGCACGAAGCCUACAGCAGCUUUGACAAUUUUGUGACGACUAAUGAAUACGGAGCAGCUACAAAGUGUACGUUGCUGGCAGACAAGGCUUACGACUGCUUCAACUAUUGA